AUGGUGCGUCUGAGGGAGAUCCCCCGGACGGCCACCUUUGCUUGGUCCCCCGGGGCUGCCUCGCCAUUGAUUGCUACUGGAACUAGGGCUGGUGCAGUUGACGCCGACUUUUCCAAUGAGACAUGUCUCGAGCUCUGGGAUUUGGCCUUGAGCAACCAGGAUGCUGGGGCGGAGCUGCAGCCUGUAGCCAAGAUUGACACCGAUUCGGGUUUUAAUGAUCUGGCCUGGACCGAGUCCGAUGACAAUUCGCGCGGUGUGAUUGCUGGUGGUCUGGAGAAUGGAUCUCUGGACCUCUGGGAUGCUGAUAAACUGCUGAGUGGAUCAAGUGAUGCUGUAUUGUCGAGGACCUCGAAACACUCAGGGGCUAUCAAAGCUUUACAGUUCAAUCCCAAACACUCGAAUUUGCUAGCCACAGCAGGUGCUAAGGGAGAGUUGUACAUCUCCGACCUCAACAACGUCGCGAAUCCCUACCGCCUUGGAAGCUCUACUGCUCGCGCCGAUGAUAUCGAAUGUCUGGAUUGGAACAAAAAAGUUGCGCAUAUCCUGGUCACCGGUAGUAGUGCAGGUUUUGUCACUGUCUGGGAUGUCAAGACAAAGAAGGAGAGCUUGACUCUCAACAACAUGGGCCGCAAAGCCGUCAGCGCUGUUGCUUGGGAUCCGGAAAAGCCUACGAAACUCGUCACAGCUACGCCUCUUGAAUCGGACCCCAUGAUCUACGUUUGGGAUCUGCGAAACUCCCAUGCGCCGGAAAGGACCCUCCGCGGACACGAAGCCGGUGUAUUGUCACUUUCUUGGUGUAGCCAGGAUCCUGAUCUCCUCCUCUCCUCCGGAAAAGACAACCGCACGCUCUGCUGGAAUCCUCAGACAGGAAUUCCUUAUGGUGAAUUCCCCGUCGUCACGAACUGGACCUUCCAGACCCGUUGGAAUCCCCAUAACCCGAAUUUCUUUGCCACUGCCUCGUUCGACGGAAAGAUCUCGAUCCAAACUAUCCAGAAUACCGGCACCGAAUCUGCCAAGGCGAUCGCGGACCAGAACCAGGCUCUGGAUGGAGAAGAUUUCUUCGCCAAGGCACAGAGCCAGCCCCAGGUCUCGAGUUUCUCCCUACCAAAGGCCCCCAAGUGGCUUGAGCGACCGUGCAGUGUGUCCUUCGGCUUUGGUGGCAGAGUCGUCUCCGUCAACCUGGUUGAGAAGGGCAACCGUAUUUCCAAAGUCAGAAUCAGCCCAUUCGAAGUUGACGAGGCUGUUGGAAAGUCCACCGAAACUUUCGAAACUGCGAUCAAGGAGGGCAAUUUGAAGAGCAUCUGCGAGACCAGGGCUGCCAACGCCGCUAGCGAUGAAGAGAAGGCUGACUGGAAAGUUAUCGAGGCUUUGCUGUCGGAGAACCCCCGCAAGGGUCUCAUCCAGUAUCUCGGCUUCCAGGAUCAAGCUGAUGAGGUGUCGGAUGGACUGGCCAACCUAGGACUGAACAAGGAGGAGGAAGCCAAUGGACAGCCCUCGCCAAAGGAAUCCCGCGGGUCGGGAGCGAAGAAGCACAAGCGUCUGCAAUCAAUGUUCGAUGCUAGUCCCGAGGAAGACAACUUCCUGUCCGACUUGGCUGCAUCCAAGGGCGCGAAGACCAACAACCCCUUCCAGAUCUUCGACGGUUCCGAGACGGAGGCUGACAAGAGCAUUACUAGAGCCUUGCUCCUCGGUGACUUCGAGAAGGCUCUUAGCCUCGCCCUCAAGGAGGACCGUAUGUCGGAUGCAUUCAUGAUCGCCAUUUGCGGAGGCCCGAAAUGCAUCGAAAAGGCACAGGAACACUACUUCUCUAAGCAGACGAACAGCCCGAACUACGUGCGCUUGCUGGCUUCCAUUGUUGGAAAGAACCUCUGGGAUGUUGUGUACAACGCCGAGUUGAACAACUGGAAGGAAGUUAUGGCAGCCCUCUGCACAUUUGCUGACGACAAGGAGUUUGCCGAUCUCUGCGAAGCUCUCGGUGAUCGUCUAGAGGAACAGGUUCGAAGCACUGGUGACAAGGCUGCUCGCAAGGAUGCCUCUUUCUGCUUCCUUGCUGGCUCCAAGUUGGAGAAAGUUGUUGCAAUCUGGAUCGACGAGCUUCGCGAGGGCGAACAGACUGCCAUCGAGACCGCUACUGAUGACACGAGCUUCUCGAUCCACGUCCGUGCCCUGCAGGCUCUAAUUGAGAAGGUUACCAUUUUCCGCCAGGUCACCAAGUUCCAAGACACGGAGCGCACCAAGGACUCGGACUGGAAGCUUGGUGUGCUUUACGACAAGUACAUCGAGUAUGCUGAUGUGGUCGCCACCCACGGUCGGCUGGAAGUUGCGCAGAAAUACCUGGAUCUUGUCCCGGCGAAGCAUCCCGAAGCCGAGAUCGCAAGGAAUCGUAUCAAGCUGGCGAUGAGACAGGCUACCUCCAAGACCCAGACCACCGGUACUGCAACCAGGGUAAACGUCAACAAGCCUCUACCCCAGCCCACCACGUACCACCCCCCCACGACAUUCUCCGCAGGAGCCCGGGCCGCCACCCCAACUUCUUAUCUCCCUCCUGCUCCUGCUCCGGGUCCGUCUCCAGCUCCCGCUCCGGCUGCUAAUCUUUAUGCGCCCCCGACUGCUGCCCCGAACCCAUAUGCUCAAGCAGCGGCGAUUCCGGCCCAACCUGUUAAUCCCUAUGCGCCAGCAGCCGGAAGUUAUGCUCCUCCCACAGGAUAUCAGCCCCGGCAACAAUCUUUUGGAGCGCCCGCUGUAGGCGGCGCCGUGCCCCCUCCCCCGCGCGCGUCCAACCAGUCUCCUGCGACAAUCACAACAUACACCACCGCGACCAACCUGCCAGCGUGGAACGAUCUGCCUGAGGGUUUUGCCAAAGCUCCGAUGUCACGCCGAGGAACCCCUGCUACUUCUGCUGCGCCCAUUGCCUCGCCAUUCCCGAACCAAUCCCCUCCCUUGACUCAGGGUCCUCCACCUCCUGGACCUCCUCAGCGGACAGGAUCAGUUCCCCCUCCACCAAAGGGUGUUGCGCCUCCUCCUCGCAUAACUUCUCCACUGACGGCAGGCCAGCCGCUACCACAUACCAUCCCCACGGCGCCCCCUCCUCCAGCAAACCCUUAUUCUGCUCUGCCUCAGUCCCCUCCCGGUGCGAUGGGUUUACCACCAUCUAUCCCCCGUGGGCCGUCUCCCUAUAACGCUCCGCCUACCAUGCCGCCGCCAUCCAAUCGGUAUGCACCGAGCCCUGCAGCCCAAUUAGCACACCCUCAGCUCCAGCCUAGAGCUCCUGUUCCUCCUCCCCCACAAGCGGCCGCCUCUCCAUACGCCCCGCCACCGCCUGUGCAGGCUGUAGCAGCGAACCCCUACGCUCCCAGCACACCGCCCCCCAGCCAGGUGCCAGUACAGCCAGUGCCUCCACCUCCAGCCGCAGGCUCUCGACCAGGUACCGCAUCGUCUGUGAAGAAACCUGCUCCUGCAGCACCCAAAUAUCCUGCAGGUGACCGGUCCCACAUUCCCGCGGAUGCAAUGCCCAUUUUCGAGAUCCUCUCCGAGGAUAUGCAGCGCGUCAAAUCCCGAGCUCCAUCCUCCUUCAAGGCACAAGUUGAUGAUGCCGAGCGACGACUGAGCAUCCUGUUCGACCACCUGAACAACGAAGACCUCCUCAAGCCGAACACCGUUGCAGAUAUGGUGAACCUGUCGCGUGCCAUCCAGGGACGUGACUAUGAGACCGCCCGAACAAUUCACGUCGAUAUUAUGACUAAUCGAACCGACGAAUGCGGUAACUGGAUGGUUGGCGUAAAGCGUCUCAUCAGUAUGAGCAGAGCCACCCCAUAG